AUGCCAUGUGUGCCAUCAAACAAUUAUCUUAUUGCAUAUAAUGUCACACCAAUUACUUAUCAGAUGCAAACAUACACAUACACAGCCACAUUCACUGGUAUGAACAUAUUAGAAUUCGGUUUUAAAGCUGUAAACCAAAUAAAGACUUGGCAUCUUGAUGAUGUUAGUCUUAUAGAUAAAAAUGCAUCCAACGCUGAAAUGCUUGUAAAUGGAGGCUUUGAAAAUGGUAGUUUAGUUGGUUGGCAAAUGCUCUGUUCUAAUAACAAUUGUGGACUAACAGUUGGCAAUAUUACUCAAUCAAAUUGUCAUACAGGCUCGUAUUGUUAUGAAGGUGCAUGUCAAAAUGCCUACGAUUUUUUACGUCAAACAUUUUCAGUGACAAGUGGACAUGUUUACAUCUUAAGUUUUUGGCUAUAUACGAAUGGACAUCAUUCUCAAGCUGCUUAUGUGAAUAUAAGUUAG